AUGGCAACAAAAGUCUUACUACACUAGCUGAGUUCGCUAAUAAUUGGAAUACUAUUUCAUGCAAAAUCAGUCCUAGAAUGCAUUUUUAUUUUUUAGUCAUAUGAAAUUUCUCUUUCAAAAGCAUAAAUUUAUAAAUUAUAUAUAUUUGUAAAUAUUUGAAUUAAAAUUAAUUUCUUGUAUAAAAUAAGUAAACAUUUUUUGUUUGCUCUUAAAAAGAGAUUUAGCUUCCCACAAAGUAAAACCAAGAACCAGCACUUUUGUAUCAAAACAGCGAUAUGAAAUUGGAAAAGAAAACACUUCAGACAAAUUCCCAACAAAUUUAAUUGGAAAAAAUACAGUUAAUCCGAGACAUAGGUCAUCACGAUCUCACUCAGGCGUUAAAUCAAUAGUAGAUUCUUCUGAAGACCAAACCAGCAGCACUCUUAAAGAAGAAAAUACAAUAAAACCGUCAAAUAAGCCAAGCGGAAUUUUUACUUCGUUUCAUUCAAAAGUAUCAACCCCCAAAGGCCCAGAACGAAAACAAGUAAAAUCAGCCCUUCACACUCGUGCUUCUUCUCUUGUAGAUCGUCCUAAUAGCUUGAACACUCUAAAGAAAAAAGAAAGCAAAGGCCACAAAAGAAGGUCGUCUCUGUCCAUAAAUAAGCCUCAGCCAACGGUCUCCCAAUUUUCCCACAUCAGCAAUAAAGGUUUUAUCCCUGAAAACCCAGGGAAAACCAAUCAAGACAAUUAUUUUGAGUUUCCAAAUUUUGCCAAUCACCCUGAUUUAUAUCUUUUUGGAGUCUGUGAUGGUCACGGAUUCUAUGGUGGAGAAGUUUCUGGGUUUGUAAAACAAAGGUUGCCAGAACUCCUUGCUAGAAAUCCUAGCCUGUAUAGAUCUCCUAAAGAAGCACUAACUUCUUCUAUUGCCCAAUGUGACGAAGAUUUAAAUAGCCUUGAAAUUGAUGUAAAUUUCAGUGGGACUACCUUAAUUGUUGUCUUGCUAAAAGGCACUACUUUAUUCUGCGCCAAUGUAGGGGAUUCACGAGCCUUGAUAGCGCGCCAGAUGAAUGAUACCUCAAAAACGACUUCUUCAGGCAAGCAUUGGAUGUCUAUUGUGCUGUCAAGAGACCACAAGCCAAGUGAAAAAGAUGAGCAUAAGCGCAUCUUAAAUAGCGGUGGCAGGGUAGAAUCAUACCAAGAUGAGCUUGGUAACCCUUUAGGCCCUGCCAGGGUAUGGCUGAAAAAUCAAAACUUGCCUGGGCUUGGGAUGUCACGUUCAUUAGGAGAUCGGGUUGCUGCCUCAGUAGGGGUUAUUUCUCAGCCUGAAAUAUUAGAGCUCGAUAUGACACCUGAAGACAAGUUUAUAUGCCUAGGGAGUGACGGCAUUUUUGAAUUUAUCCCAAAUGAAGAAAUCGUAAAAAUUUUAGUCCCAUAUUGGAGGCUUCAAGACUCAGAAGGUGCUUGUAAAGCAAUAGCUAAAGAAGCACAUGAUAGAUGAUGCCAAGAAGAAGAGGUGAUUGAUGAUAUCACUGCUUUGUGUAUAUUUUUGGAUGUGACGAAAUCAUAA